UCUGGCACACUUAUCCGAAACCCUAAUUACAUUACAAAAAUGUUGGUUCAACACUCUCCGAUUUUCAUUAUCACAUUGCUAAUUGCAACAGUCUACGUGGGGCGAUGCUCGGCGGCGGAGGCAGCAGAAGAACCAAUUUUAGAGUUCUACAUGCAUGAUAUCUUAGGGGGAAGUAGUCCCACGGCAAGGCCAAUAACUGGCUUACUUGGAAACAUCUAUAGCGGCCAGGUACCAUUUGCUAAGGCAGUUGGGUUUCUACCCCCUGCCGGUGGCGUUGCAAUACCCAACGCUAAUGGUGCCAUUCCAACUAUCAAUGGCAACAACGGUCUCCCGUUGGGAACCGGAUUAGCCGGCACGGCUUUCGCCGGCAAUCCAUCCCAAAAUGGUCAGCCUCAGGUCCCUCUGGGACCGGACGGGUUGGGACUAGGCUUCGGAACGAUCACUGUUAUCGACGACAUAAUCACCGCUAGCCCUGAUUUGGGGUCACAGGUGAUAGGGAAAGCUCAGGGAGUUUAUGUGGCUACCUCGGCUGACGGAACAACCCAAAUGAUGGCCUUUACGGCCAUGAUCGAAGGCGGGGAAUACAACGACAACCUCAACUUCUACGGGGUGUACAAAGUCGGAAGCACGGUGUCGCAUGUAUCGGUGACCAGCGGAACGGGGAAGUUCAAGAAUGUUUGUGGGAUUGCCGAGGUUCGACCACUUAUACCGCCAGGUCAACAUGUCACUGAUGGCGUCGAGACAUUGCUGAGGAUCACUGUCCAUCUCAAAUACUAAAUAUUGCAUGAUCUUGUCUCAAAGAAUGUGUGUCUGAUUGUUUGAAACAAAUAAACGUGGUGUAGCAAGUAUAAGGUUCAUGAUAUUUCUUUUGGAGUAAUUAGACUCAGCAAAAUAUGUACAAGCUGGAUGGUCAUAAUUUUAUUU